UCGCUCUGGAUAGAAGGCACAGAAACGGUGUCGGUAUAAAAAUGUAUCAACAGUAGUACCCGUUCCACUUGAUGUAAAGUUGUUUCAAAUAGCUUCCUGGUAUUUAUGUACCUUAUAAAUAAAUUGUUGGACUGAUCUGCUGGACUCUUCAUGAUCAUACUUGGUGUUUACACCACCACACAGAAGUCGCUGAUAUUUUAGAAUCGUUAGGGCAAACUGGUGGUCGCUACUACUACUACUACGUACCAGGCAAUAAUGGCGCUACUACUACUGCACAAGUUAAUCAGUGCAUGGAUGAUAUUAAUGGUUCUACUACCAUGGACAACAUUUGGCUUCAAUUUCUCCGUUGGCGAAACUGAAGAGGUUAGUGUGACAUUCAAAGAGACAGUUCAAUUCGACAUGACUGUAUUUUCUUCGGACCAGACAGGGGUUUUUAAUUUAGAGAGUGCCGAUAUUGAUGUGAUCGUGCUUACGGAUGCAGUGGAAGUUACGAUCGUUGAAAAUACAACUUUUCCGUUCACGACGACGAUCAGCCUCCAUGGACAAUUUGUUGGACGGAGUAAACUUAAGAUUGUCCACAGCUCGGUGGAGGUUUCCUCGGUGUUUGUUAACGUCCACACCCCAUUUAAGGAGCUUGGAACAGUCGCUACUAUCAUUCUCGCCUCCUGGCUCGUUAUCUCCUACGUGGUGAUGGCGGCUAAAGUCGAGCCCAAGGUACUUCUUGAGAAGAUAAAGCCACCUUGGGCACUUCUCCUCGGUAUGAUGUGUCAAUUCAUCCUGAUUCCCCCUGUCGCUUACGCACUGUGCAAGGUGUUCGAUUUGAGGGGUGCUGCGGCAGUCGGGCUGGUCCUAGUUGGGACCUGCCCCGGUGGGUUCUUCAGCAACAUCGAGAUCCUUCUGCUGGACUGCGACAUUGUCCUCAGUCUCGCCAUGACAACCUUCUCCACGUUUAUCUCGGUAGGAAUGAUGCCUCUAAAUCUCUUCAUCUACGCUCAGCCGUUCAUCGAAGAGGACGGUCGCCUUCAGACGCCCUUCCAGGAACUCUUGAUCCAGCUUGCCGGUCUUGUUCUACCCCUUGUCAUCGGCGUUCCGUUCUUCUACAAGUUCCCUAAAAUCCGGAAAUAUUGCUUAAAACUCGUCAAACCGUUUACGUUCAUCCUGAUGGUUUUGGGAGUAGUACUGUACAUUCCGGCACAGUACUACGUCUUCUUCGGGGACUGGAAAGUUUGGGUGACCUCCUCUAUAAUCACCCUUAUCGGUGCCUUCUUUGGGAUGGGGGUAGCCCGUAUAGCUAACUUUGACUAUGUUGCAUCCAUCACGAUCGCAAUUGAGACUGGUUGUCAAAAUACUCUCCUCGCUGUAUCCGUUGCUAAACUUUUCUACGUAGCUCCAGAAUCAGAUGUUGUGGCUAUUAUACCACUCCUAAUCGCCAUCGUGUCAGGUCUCGAAGGUUUCGUUGUAGUUUUUCUCUACUAUAUCUACCUUUUUGUCAAAAGGAAACCGAAAGUUGCGCCCGUGGAAUCCGUGGAGUCACCGGAGGGGGACAAACCUCCCGCGGUCGGCAGCACGCCGGACGCUGAACUCGAUACGCUGGCGGCAAAGGACAACAAAGGUUUCGCCGAUGAGGAGAAUUCAAAAUCUCAGCAUUUUAUUGAGGAUGAAAAGAAGCACGAACUUCAAGAAGUCAAGCCGAAAAAACGAACAUCGCGAAAAAAUAAAAAGGCUAAAAACCCCAAGGGGUAUGUUAUAUAUGGUGAUACAUAAGAAAGUAAAUGUAAACAACGGUACAAACCGACCCCGUUGUAUGCAGGGUUAGGAAAUGUUGUGGCUUGAGCAAUAUCAUACACAAGAAGUGACUAAAUUAAGUAUAUUUAUAUUUUAUACAUAGGUAUCGGGCUGCAAUUUAAUGCGUGCAUUUAAAAAAGUCUUUCGGCCAACAAACCAAAGUGCCUAUAUACAUGCAAUUUAAGCACUGUAAUAAAAAAAUAUGUAUAUAAUAUAAUGUAACUUUAUUAAAUGAUACUUUGGUUUUUACCCAUAUGCACAGAUGUGUGUUAACACUGUAUACUCUGUCAAUCACAGGCAUUAUUGACACAAAUCACAGGCAUUAUUACUCGUUUUAGCCCUAAAGCGCCAUAGUGAAGUACUGAGUUUACAGUGCAAAUACACAUCGUUGUGCACGGGUAAAACUAAAAUAUAUAUUCUUCAUCCCCGAUGCAAAUUUCGAUGCGUCAAAUUUAAUGAGUUAAAACUUUAAAAUCUUUGGUUUUAACUUAUACAGAUGAAGACAGUGUGAUGCCGAAACGUAGACUAUUUUUUUUUAAAUAGUAAUUUCGAGUGUUAGUAACAUCAGUAUUAUGCAUGUAUCUGGUUAGUAUUACGUCACUAAGCGCUAUUGUGUUUCUCAACACGUUGUACAUCAGUAACAGCUGCAGUGCUUCUAAUAUCAAAGAGCAUUGUAAUGUUUUAUUUUAAUUUGUAUUGUUUUGUUGUUAUUACCAAAGGUAAACUUUCCGUUGGAGGCACUGGACGCGUUUGGUCAUUGCUAACGACCAGUUGGUGUAUUCAAACAUUAUGCUUAACAAACCUGUGAAAAUUUGUACUCAAUAAUUGGUCAUCAAAGUUGCAAGAGCAAACAUUUUGUGAGCUUUCAGAUGCAUAAUAAAAAAAACUUCAGCUGAAGUAUUUUAUUUUUUGAGACAGAAAAUACAUCUUUAUCAAAACACUACGUUACUUCAGAAGGAGCCGAUCCUCACAAUAUUUUAUACUACCAACAUUUCUCCAUUUGUCGUUACAAAGUAAGUUUUAUGCUUUAUUUUGAGUAAUUACCAACAACUUCCAGUGCCUUCGUUAACCUUUAGCCAAUGGACCGCCCACCAACCUAAAGCGAUAGCCUUCACAUACACGUAGGAGGAAACCCCGUGUUUUAACCUUAACAUAAAACUGGAUAGUCAUUAGUCAAGUGAAUGACAAUUGUUUAUAGAUCAUUAUUAAUUCCCCUCACAGCUGACUUGUAAUGUCAACGUUAAUGACGAUUACAUAAUUUGCCUCUUUACCCAACAAAAAAUGCUCAUUUUGUAACCAAGAAUGAAAUCGUCUUUCAUCAAGAUGAUAUUAGUAAUUAUUAGUCAACAACGAAUCCUUAGCAAUUAGAUCAGUAAAUGCAUUGUUGCCGUGUAAAACAAUCACCAUAAAAAUGACUGGUAGUCGUUAACGGGAGGCACCUGUUGCUCCCAAUGGACUAUCACUUCUAAACCUUUUAAAACCAUGAAUACCUUUUGAAAUUGAACCAUGAUUCUUAUUUACAAGCAGUGGACACUAUUGGUAAUAACUCAAAAUAGUUAUUAGCAUAAAACCUUACUUAGUAACAAGUAAUG